GCCCAGGAGCCCCGCAGACGUGGCAGCUCCGGGUAGGGGCUGAACUACUAGGGCAGUGAGCUCUCUUCCUUUGCCCAGCUGGUAUCCAGUCCCAAGAGAACUCUGCGCCAGCCCCGGACAAUGCACCAGGAUGGCCACUAUCCUCAGUCUUCUCCACUUGUGAACGGUUCCUUGGGACAAGAGCCUCAGAGGCAGCCCGCAGAGAUGCUAGGUGAGGUCAGGGAGCUGCCUCGGGGGGACGGGCUGCCACUGCUCACUGUCAUCGUCGCCGCCUUCGUCCUGCUGGCCAUCUGCAUCGUGCUGGCAGUUCGCUUUGGGCCCACACCGCAUCAGGGUCACGCCACCCUCCUCACAGAGCCGCCGGCCCUGAAACCAGAGGACGGCGUUCGCCUCACCCACUGGCGGCUGCUAGGCCUACAGGACAGCCACAGGGAAACCCAGCAGGGGCUUCCUAGUCCUCAUUCCGGCCCCGCCCUAGAUGGGCACAGGGCCAGCACUGAUGAAGUCACAUAUCUGUAGGAAGGUGAUUUGGAGUCUCAGAACAAGAAACUGGGUUGAAAAAAUGAAUUGGAGCCUGGGUGUGGGAGCCACAGACGGCCUCUGGACCCAGCUGGAGCUGUCCUCAGAUAUUUAAUGAGAAAGCUUCGUGGUGACUGUGAAAAGCCAUUUGAGGACCUUGCCUAGAGACAUGAUCCCAAGGCCACCCUCACAAAGCCUCCCACCCUGGGCACCUCCAGAUCCUCCUCGGAAUUCCUGUUUCCUUCUUGUACCUCUCUGAUCUCCAUCCUUCUUAGAGUAAAGUGAAGAUCCUAUCCAUGAGGAAGGAAUGCCAGAGCUCUACAGAGAAGGCCUUCACACACCGCAGAUCCAGGGAGAGCUAAAGCAAGGAGCAGUGGCGUGUCUUCUCUGAGGCCCAGGGUACUCGGAAAGGCUCCACCUCUGUUGCCUUUUCGCCUCUGGAGGGCACCUCUGGCUGCUAGGCUUUGGCCUUGUUGAUAACCUCCAAAGCUCCUGGACUUCCUAACCUCCACUUAGAGCUUCAAGGGCUCUGAGUGUCCCGAGCCCCAUCUUGACAUCCUAGGAUGUGACAUCCUAGGAAGUUUGAGAGUUCUUCUUACCUCUUAUUUUCUGUUGGAACACGCCUAAAAUGUAGUACAAAUCAUUUCCAGAUCCAGAACUUUCCAGCCAGUGGGAAAACAGGAAAAGAAAAGGAAUGUCAUGGAACUUGUUUGGGGAAGGAGGGAGCACAAGGGGUCCAUCCCUGUAAGGAAAGGGCACAGUUCAGCCUGUGGUCAGGAGAACAUGGCUGGGCUUCCCAGUGGCUCUCUAGAAAGUACACCUUUCUCUGGUACCUCAGAGGCCCAUUCACAUGCAGUCAAAAACAUAUAGACACAAACCACGUAAACUGGGCUUGGCGAGCCUUGAAAGCUUAGCACUCGAGAGACAGAGGCAGGAAAAUCAGAAGUUCGGGGUUAUCCUCAAUGAUACAGCAGGUCUGAGGGCCUAGAUUACAUGACACCCUUGUUAUUGAGGGAGAGGCAGUCAGGAGACCUGACCCCAGGCUUAUGAGAUGGGUGAGCGGAGCCUGUCCCUCACCUGCUACAGCACCUGGGAGAGCGGGCCCUGCACCUCACCUGAGCAGCACAGUAGAGUGGGCCCUGGUAGAGGGGGCACAGGUGAGCCUGCCCGGUCAGCAUGAGUGUGGGAGAACUGGCCCCCACCACUCUCCGUAAGGUGUAAGGUGGAGUGGGCACAGGAGUGAUGCCCUCUCCUCCUUGCCCCUUGCUACCUACGGUACUCAGGGGACCUAGCCCUGACGUCAUGAGAGCAGGAGGUCUAUCUUUGCACUUCACUGGCCCUGAUGUUGAAGGCACGGGUAAGCCAGCCCCCGGGACAUGAGAGCAGGAGAGCUGGCCCAGCCCCUUGCCAGCUGCGGCACUUGGGCGACUGGGCCCCACGCCUUGACUGGCAGCACAGCGGAGCUGGCUCUGGAGGCCGAGCUGGGGGUAAGCCAGCUUGAGGGCAUGACACCAGAGCUGACCCAGCCUCCUGCCAAUGGUGGCCUAGCCAGAGGAAUGCUGAAAAGCUCACCUUAGUGGUGUGGAUAAGGAAGAGCCAGUGAGCUCACCAGCUCAGCUACCACCCAGGCCCAGAUCCAGGGCUUGAGUUGGCCCACCCCAAAAUCUACAUCAUUUGUGAACUGUUAGGGCAUGUGAAAGGGACAGUCCUACUGAUCCAAAGCCACAGUAUCUCCAUGACACAGGGCAACAACAGGAUAACUGGGAGGAGUCCCUGUGAAAAUCCAAUACUGAUGGCAUCACAGAAGCCAGGGACCUCGAACCGGACCAAUGACUCAUUGCAACGAACAUUUGCAAGCGAAGAGGUGUGGACAGGGGAGUAUAUUAUGUGACACACCACAGCUUCCACAGUGAGAUGUUUUCUAUUUUGGGGGAGAGGUUGCAAGGGCAGAAGGCAAAUACAAGGUGGCAGAAAGAUGAGGGGCUGGGUGCAUGACGUGAAAUUCACAAAGAAUCAAUAAAAAGUUUCUUUAAAAAAAGAGAAUGAAAGAAAGGAGAGGGUUUGGUUAUGCUGGUGCAUGCCUUUAAUUCCAGCAUUGAAGAGGCAGAUGCAUCUUUGAGCUCAAAAGCAAUUGGUCUUAUAUACUGAGUUCUAGGCUAGCAUGGGCUACAUAGUAAGGCUCCUUCUUUGUUUUUGUUUUUGUUUUUUUCUGCAUGUACACCUGUAUGCCAGAAGAGGGCAGUAGAGGGUAUAGAUGGUUGUAAACCACCAUUUGGUUGCUGGGAAUUGAACUCAAGACCUCUGGAAGAACAGACAAUGCUCUUAACUUCUGAGCCAUCUCUCCAGCCUCAUCUCUCCAGGCUCUUUCUUAAAAAAAAAAAGAGAGAGAGAGAGAGAAAGAGAAAAGAAAGAGAGAGAGAGAAAGGAAGGAAGGAAGAAGAAAAAGAAAAAGAAAGAGAAAAAGAAAGAAAGGAAGGAAGGAAAGAAGGAAGAAAGAAAGAAAAAAGGAAGGAAAGAAAGGAAGGAAGGAAGAGAGAAAGAAGGGAGAAAGAAAGAAAGAAAGAAAGAAAGAAAGAAAGAAAGAGAGGAAGAGAGAAAGAAAGGAAGAAAAGAAAGGAAAGGAAGGAAGGAAGGAAGGAGCAAGCAAGCAAACCAUAGAAACAGACACCUGCUGCUUGACCCUUGGGAAGCUCUUAAGGAUAAGUUAGCAUUAAGGCCCUGCCUCCCACUGAAUGAAACUGGAAAUCAAGGAAGUGGAGAAGUAGCAGAUUGGGGGUCAAAAUAUGUGCAGAGAUGAACCCACCUCCUUGUGACUGCUUAAGAGGUAGCUAUGUGCUAAGUGAUGCUGUUGCACAUUUUUAAUUCCAGCACUCAGGAGGCAGAGGCAGGCGGAUCUCUGAGUUCCAGGCCAGCCUGGUCUACAGAGUAAGUUCCAGGACAGCCAAGGCUUCCCAGAGAAACCCUGUCUCAAAAAACCAAAACCAAAACCAACCAAACAAACCAACAAGAAAAGGAAAUGCAGAGUGGUAUACUGAGCCCUUGUGACGGAAACAAAGGUAGUAGAGGGAGGGACACAUGUCAAGUCUGGGUGGAGCAUAGGAAGGACUGUCUGCCCUCCCAGAUGGCCGUGACAGUGCCACCACAAUGUUGUUACAAUGGCAUAGGUAGGCUUGGUGCCUGACCGGGUCGUCCAGUGUUCCCAGAGGACGUCCAAUCUCCUCACAUACUCGCCCUCCGCUUCUUUGAAUGGUCCCUUCCUUGGGACACAGCUGUGGACCAUUGUGGCAUCUGUGUGCUAGCUCCACUCAGCCCCGCUCCUGACCCUUCAGCCUGCCACCGGAAGCAAGGACACUGAAAGCAAAGGUGGGGUGUGCCCUCAGUGUGAAGAGUGGGCCCUGUCUGGGUUGAAACGGCACCCGUCCCCUACUGCCCUGUAGCAGGAUGAGAAGGAGUGCAGGAAGUGUGCUGCACACGCAGCCAGACACAGGUAUCGGGAGUGACGCAUUCGCCCUCUCCUAGCUCUCACAGCCCAGCAGCAAAGAGACAGCGUGCUCAAGCAGUACAGUGUGAGAAUGGUCUUUAACAUGUGUGGGGGUGGGAGGCAGGGGUGGGAGUAAAGGGGGACUGGGAGGAGAAAAGGGAGGGGCCUUCUGUCAAGCUGCAAAGCUAUUAAAUAAAUA